AUGGAACAUUCGCUGAAACUGGCGACCCGCGAACUACCGGAGGAUAACGACAUCGCAAAACUCGAGGAGGAGCUGAAGAACCGAGGCUACGAACAGGAGUAUAUCCGGUCCAUCCAGGCCCGCAUAGGCAAGCCUGGUUGCAUCUUCUUCGUUGAGAUCCGGCAAACACUGGGGUUCCAAAAGAUCUACGAAACCUCCGAACUCCUAUAUGCAUGCUCGGCAGAUCAAUGGCUGAAAGCUCAUGAGAAGCAUUUGGAGCAGUCACCACCAACAGAAAUGGAGUUUUGCCCAGUGCCACCAACACCGCAGUACCACAUUGUACCAGCCAAGAAACCUCAACAAGGCCCUACCUUAGCGACCCCGCUGUUUCGGUCGGAAAUAAAUAGAAAGUACCCGCCUUUUUCAAGGCAAUAUCACCCCGCAUCAAAUCAGUACCAGUCGCCGGUACCUACACCUCAAUAUUCGCUGGUUCAACACAAAUACCGGCCGAUCCAACUCCCUGACGUCACAAAACCUCCCCCCAUGUAUACCAGACCAGUUGCUGCUGUCGCCCCCGUGCAGUAUGUGGCAGACCAAUGGCUGGAAGCUCAUGAGAAGCAUUUGGAGCAGUCACCACCAACAGAAAUGGAGUUUUACCCAGUACCACCAACACCGCAGUACCACCUUGUACCAGCCAAGAAACCUCAACAACGCUCUACCUUAGCGACCCCGCUGUUUCGGCCGGAAAUAAAUCUAAAGUACCCGCCUUUUUCAAGGCAAUAUCACCCCGCACCAACUCAGUACCACCCCGCACCAAAUCAGUACCAUCGCGCACCAACUCAGUACCAACCCGUACCAACUCCAUACAAGUCGCAGCUACCAACACCUCAAUAUUCGCUGGUUCAACACAAAUACCGGCCGAUCCUACUCCCUGACGUCACCAAACCUCCCCCCAUGUAUAACAUACCAGUUGCUGCUGUCGCCCCCGUGCAGUAUGUGGCAGACCAAUGGCUGAAAGCUCAUGAGAAGCAUUUGGAGCAGUCACCACCAAUAGAAAUGGAGUUCUACCCAGUACCACCAACACCGCAGUACCACCUUGUACCAGCCAAGAAACCUCAACAAGACCCUACCUUAGCGUCCCCAAUGUUUCGGCCGGAAAUAAAUCUAAAGUACCCACCAUUUUCAAGUCAGUAUUACCCCGCACCAACUCAGUACCACCCCACAUCUCCUCAGUACCAACCUGUACCAACUCCAUACCUUUCGCCGGUACCAACACCUCAAUAUUCGCUGGUUCAACACAAAUACCAGCCGAUCCAACUUCAUAACGUCACAAAACCUCCCCCCAUGUAUACCAGACCAGUUGCUGCUGUCGCCCCCGUGCAGUAUGUAUACACAUAUCUCCCGUAA